UCUUAAGAAUAUAUAAAUUAUUUUUUCCACAAGGCGAUCCAUCAAAAUUUACGUCUCUCGUUUUUAAAGUAUUCGAUGAAAAUCAGGAUGGUGCCAUCGAAUUUGAAGAAUUCAUCAGAGCUCUGUCUGUCACGUCACGUGGGAAUGUUGACGAGAAACUUCACUGGGCAUUUAAACUUUAUGAUUUAGAUAAUGAUGGAUAUAUUACCAGAGAAGAGAUGUAUAACAUAGUCGAUGCCAUUUACCAAAUGCUA